AUAUCCCUGGACCAGUUGAUGCCUUCUUGUACUUACCUUGCUUCUCUUUGAACCUGCGCGAUUGUUGCUGUUCUUAAAGCUGUGAGCCUAGUGGAGCACUGAGAAACUUAGCUUCAUGCGCUAAUUGAGGCUGCUCGUUAGUGCGCGGGCUAAAUUCGAUCUUGGGUGCAAAUGGCGUCGCCCUUCUCGUUCGGCGCUGCACCGGCAGCACCACCUGCCAGCCCUUUCGGCUUCUCCACGGCGAAUGCAGCUGCUGCAGCCCCAAACACGGCACCAGCCGCUGGCACGACGGGCGGGCUCUUUGGUGUGAGCUCCACUCCUGCGGGCGGAUUCAGCUUUGGUACAGCAGCAGCCGCGGCACCGACUGCAACACCUGCCUUCGGAACCACGGCCUUCGGUGCUACAGCGGCGGCGCCGGUCUUUGGGGCCACAACGUCGACCUUUGGAGCGCCGGCGGCGACUCCGUCCCUGUUUGGCACCGCGCCAACCCAAGGCUUCGGAGCAACCACCACUGCGACGCCGUCGCUGUUUGGCGCCACUGCGGCGCCCGCGACCGGCACUAGUGCCUUCAACUUUGGCUCGGCGCCGGCCGCGGGCACGACCAACACUGGACUGUUCGGCGCGCCCGCUGCCGCCACCACGGCAGCAAACAUCUUCGGUCAGCCAGCGCAGCAGCCGGGGCAACAAGCCAACAUGUUCGGGGCCGCGGCCCAGCCGCAGCUGCCGGGGCUCGACCCCAGCGGCCUCACACAGGAUGACGCUGUGCGCGCGCUGACGCGCCUGGCCGCCGCCUACACGCCCUCCAGCGCCGACUACCGCUUCCAGACGCUGUUCGCCAGCGUGGUGGAGCGCCCGGAGCAGCGCGUCAAGCCGGCGGGGCACGUGGACGAGAACCGCUGGCGCGCGGCGCUGGCCGCCGUCAAGGGGCCCGACAACCCGCAGAAGCUGUGGCCGGUGGCCGCCAACGGCUUCCGCGACCUCAACACGCGCAGCCGCAUGCAGGCAGAGGCCGUGGCGCAGAACGCCAACCGCCUGCGGGAGCUGCAGGACCGCGCCGCCGGCAUGUCCCGCCGCACCACCGGCGAGUUCCGCUCGCGUGUAGAAGCGCUGCAGCGGCAGCACACCGACCUCAGCCACAAGCUGCUGCACGUGAUGCGCUGCGUGGAUGCACUGGAGAGCCGUCUGGCGCUGUCGGCGGGCUACAACGCGCAGCAGUCCAGGCAACAGGUGGCAGAGCUGGGCCGGCAGCUGGGGCGGCUGGAGGAGGCCGUGGCGCCGGCCUCAGCGGCGGCGGGGCUGGAGCGCCGGCUCGAGGCAGUCGCGGCUGCGGCGCGCAUGCGCGCUGGAAGCGCCGAGUCCUCGGGCGGCGUUGCGUCGGUGAAGCUGGAUGAGCGCUCGCAGGCGCAGCUGUUCGCGGUGCUGCGCGACCACGCUGAGGCCGUGCGCCAGCUGCAGGGUGUGCUCAAGGCCGACGAGCUGGACGUGGAGGUGCUCAAGCGCCUGGUGGCGGCGGGGCCGGCAGGGCCGGGCGGCGUGGGUGCCGAGCUGGCGGGCGCCGCCAUGGGCGUCAUGUGAUGUGGCGCUGGCCUGUGUGGUAGCGGGAAGAAGGCAGGGAGGUGGUGGGGCUAGUGGCAGACGGUGGCGUGGCGUGGCGUGACGGCCGGGUCGGGUGAGGCUGCAAGCAUGGGGUUGAGGUAUGCUAGGGAGUCUGUCUAGGAGCGCUGUCACUGGGGUGGUGCUGUGGGUCCGGUGGGAAAACAUGCAUCUAUGGCACCGUUUGGGAGUCACAGGAGACCUCGGGGAAGCCCCCUUGAUGGCCCCACGACUCCCCGCACGGCAUGGCCCGUACGGCAUUGAGGGAAAGCCGGACUAUGCAAUUAACACGCUGGCAAAGUAGAUUUCCAGUCGGACGUUUCCUCCACCAAGAUGUUUGGGGUCAAAGUGAGUGGAAUUUUUGGUGUGGCUGAGCAAGUAGUGGGGGACGAAUUGCACGGAAAAGUCCAGGCACGCUUUUGCACGUUGAUAGAUCGAACACUGCUGCAGCGCUGCGUUUGGAACCGAAAAUACUGUGGCGUAUCAAUGCAUCUUGUAUACCGUAUUACCCUGCAGACUUCGGGAAAUCUUAUUGAAAGCACAUUCAAUUA